AUGCGAAAAGUGAGUUUUUAGGUGAAAAUCUUGAAAAAUGGCUGAAAAUUGAUGAAAAAUUGUUAAAAUUGAUGAAAAAUGGCCUAGAAAUCCAGAUUUUCCUAUAAAAUAUGCAAGUGCGCUCUACUGAACUAUUGAUUGAACUUGAAAAUUAGCGAUAGAGCGCAUUUGCUGUUUUUGGUCUAAUUUAACCCAAAAAUGGCCUAGAAAACCUAAUUUUCGUCUGUAAAAAGCAAGUGCGCUCUACGGAAAUAUUGAUUGUUCUAGAAAAUUGUCAAUAGAGCGCAGUAGCUUACUUAGAAGUGAAAACAUUCAAUUUUAUGGCCUAGAAAUCCAGAAAUGGCCUAGAAACCCAAAAAAUGGCCUAGAAACCAAAAAUAUGGCCUAGAAACCCAAAAAAUGGCCUAGAAACUCAAAAAAUGGCCUAGAAACUAUACUCAGACAUGAGCGGUUUUUCAAAUGGUUUGAGCGAAACCAGUUUUUUUGGUUCGCUCACUCAUUUGGUUUUGGUUCGCUCAUUUGAAAUGGUUUGGUUUGGUUUUGGUUUUUGGUUCGCUCACUCAUUUCAAACUGGUUCGAACCGGUUUUCGAUCAAAUGGUUUUUGGAUUUCUGGCUCCUGGGUGUCCGGAGUUGAUGAAUUUCGGGGUUUUCGGGUAUGGGGAUUACUGUAGUGAACUUAUUUUCAUGUAAAAGUCACUCUUAAAGGCACAUAACCACCAAAAUUUUUUUUUUUUGAAAAUGAGGUAUUUUGGCACGGGGAACAUUUUGGUGAGGUAUACGGUCGGGAACAGACUUUUAAAGGCGCAUGCCAAGCUAUUACCCAUUUUCCGAGAUAUUUUUUUCAAACUAUCAUAACUUUUUUAUUUUUGAAGCUUUUUCGAAAUUUCGACAACCAUUUUGACGGUCUUGAGGUGAGCUAAAUUUUUUGUGUUGACACCAACUCCCGUAUUUCGCCCCUAGGAGGUGAAAAACACGGUUUUUCUCUCAAAAAUGUCAUUUUUGAUGUAAAUUCGAACAAAACAGUGUCAUUUUUUAUGUAAACUGAUCGAAAACCGGUUCGAACCAGUUUGAAAUGAGUGAGCGAACCAAAAACCAAAACCAAACCAAACCAUUUCAAAUGAGCGAACCAAAAACCAAAAUUUGGGCAAACCAAAAAAACCAGUUUCGCUCGGUUUUUUUCGAACCAUGUCCGAGUAUACUAGAAACUCAAAAAAUGGCCUAGAAACUCAAAAAAUGGCCUAGAAACCCAAAUUCGGCCAUUUCCAGACUCAUCAACGUCAGCAAAAUCAUCAAAAUCCAGUGGAUCUGGAAGCGUCCACGUCAUCAACAGCCGAUCAAACUACAUACACAAAUUCGUCGCGAUCAACAACAGAUUCCACAUCGAAAGGACAUCACCGAAGAACUUCAUCGCUUUGGGUUCCACCAUCCCGACCCAUUUUUCAUUCACCAAGGUGAGAAAUUUGGAUUUUUCAUCGAAAUCUGGUCUAGAAUUGGAUUUUCAGACGUUUUUGGCUGAAAAUUUGAGAAAUUCGAUGAAAAAUGACCUAGAAAACAUAUAUUUUUCCAUAGAAAAACUCGGCCGUGGCCUAGAAAUCCGAAUUUCUCAUUGAAAAACUCGGCCAUGGGCUAGAAAUCCAAAAACUAGUCGCAAUGGACUAGAAAACCAAAUUUCUUAUUCAAAAACUCGGCCACGACCUAGAAAUCUCAAAAACUAGUCCCUAUGGCCUAGAAAACCCAAAUUUCUUGUUCAAAAACUCGGCCGUGGCCUAGAAAUCUCAAAAACUAGUCGCUAUGGCCUAGAAAUCCAAAUUUCUUGUUUGAAAAACUCGGCCAUGGCCUAGAAAACCAAAAACUAGUCCCUAUGGACGAGAAAUCCAAAUUUCUCAAUAAAAAACUCGGCCAUGGCCUAGAAAUCCAAAAAACAAGUCCUUAUGGACUAGAAAACCAAUUUUCCCAUAUAAAAACUCGGCCGUGGCCUAAGAAUCUCAAAACUAGUCCCUAUGGCCUAGAAAACCAAAUUUCUUGUUCAAAAACUCGGCCAUGACCUAGAAAUCUCAAAAACUAGUCCCUAUGGACUAGAAAACCAAGUUUUUCAUUGAAAAACUCGGCCGCGGCCUAGAAAUCUCAAAAACUAGUCCCUAUGGACUAGAAAACCAAAUUUCUUAUAGAAAAACUCGGCCGUGGCCUAGAAAACCCCAAAAUCUUCCAAUUUUCAGCCAAGUCUUCCGCGAAAAAGCCGAAAAUGGUGGUCGAAUUCUCAAAUCGCAUCCCGUAACGCGUUGGAUGUUUGGCAAUGUGCCAAUUCUGCCAAAACAGCGUGUAAUCUCACCGAAUAAUCAAAAAGAGCCGCCAUUGAGAUAUGAGCAUCCGAACCGGAAAUAUUGCCGAAAUCGAAUUUCGACCACCAAAUACAGUUUGCUCACUUUCAUUCCCAAGAAUUUGUUUGAACAGGUGAGCGGUUUUGGGCUGAAAAUCUGGAAUUUUGGGGAUUUUCUGAGCAUUUUGAGCCUAAAUAAGCCUGGAUUUAGGCCUAACGUAGGCCUGAAAAUAGGCCUAACUUUAGGCUUAAUUUGGACCUAAAAUAGGCCUGAUUUUAAGCGAAAAAACGAGCCUAAACAAGCCUAGAUUCAGGCCUAGAUAAGCCUGAAUAUAAGCCUUUUUUAGGCCUAAUUUAGACCUAAAAUUGGGCUUUUUGAUGAGUUUUAAGCUGAAAAUCUCAUUAAUUUUUGGAUUUUUAAUUAAAAUCCAAAGAUUUUUAAUUAAAUUUUAAGGGUUUUCCCAAAAUUGAAGGGAUUUUCAGCUAAAAAUCUUAAAAAUUCAUGAAAAAUUCGAAAUUUUCAGCUAAAAAUCUUAAAAAUUCAUUAAAAUUUAAGUUUUUUGCAUCAAAAUGUUCAGAAUUUCUUGAAAAAUUUGAAAUUUUCAGCUAAAAAUCUUGAAAAUUCAUGAAAAAUUAAGUUUUUUGUAUCAAAAUGUUCAGAAUUUCAGGUAAAAUUCAAAUUUUCAGCUAAAAAUCUUAAAAAUUCAUGAAAAUUUAAGUUUUUUGUAUGAAAAUGUUCAGAAUUUUAUGGAAAAUUUGAAAUUUCAGCUUCACCGCGUCGCAAAUCUCUACUUCAUCUUCAUAGUUAUCCUAAAUAUGAUAAUUGGAGCAUUUGGGAAGUAUAUAUCAGUUAUGCCGAUUGCAUUUGUGCUCGGAAUCACGGCGAUCAAAGAUGCGUUCGAAGAUUAUCGCCGAUAUAAAUCCGACAGGAAGAUCAAUCAUUCGACGUGUCGAGUUUGGGAUGCAAGUCAGCAGAGGUGAGAAUUUGGAGCAUUUUGAGCCAAAAAUCGUGAAAUUUAGAGCAUUUUGAGCCAAAAUUCGCGAAAUUUGGAGCAUUUUGAGCCAAAAUUCGCGAAAUUUGGAGCAUUUUGAGCCAAAAAUCGUGAAAUUUGGAGCAUUUUGAGCCAAAAAUCGUGAAAUUUGGAGCAUUUUGAGCCAAAAUUCGCGAAAUUUGGAGCAUUUUGAGCCAAAAAACGUGUUUCUAGGCUAUUUUUGAUCCUGGGGACUAGUUUUUUGGAGUUUCUAGGCCACGGACGAGGUUUUCUAGAAGAAAUUUGGAUUUCUAGGUCAUAGGGACUUGUUUUUGGGUUUCUAGGCCGCGGACGAGUUUUUCCAAUGGGAAAUUUGGAUUUCUAGGUCAUAGGGACUUGUUUUUGGGUUUCUAGGCCGUGGACGAGUUUUUUCCAAAAGAAAUUUGGAUUUCUAGGUCAUUUUUUGACCCGGGGACUAGUUUUUCAUGGGUUUCUAGGCCGCGGACGAGUUUUUCGAUGGGAAAUUUGGGUUUCUAGGUCAUAGGGACUAGUUUUUUGGGGUUUCUAGGCGGUGGACGAGGUUUUCAAUGGGAAAAUGGCCUAGAAACCCAAAUUUCAUCUAGAAAAACUCGUCCGUGGCCUAGAAACCCUAAAAACUAGUCCCUAUGACCUAGAAACCCAAAUUUCAUCUAGAAAAACUCGGCCGCGGCCUAGAAAUCCGAAAAACUAGUCCCCAAGCUAAAAAAUGUCCAAAAAACACGAAUUUUGGCUCAUUUUUUAUGAAAAAUUCAAUUUUCCGCCUCAAAAUUCACUAAAAAUCUUCAAAUUUUCGAUUUUCAGAUACCGAAAACUCGAAUGGCAACACAUUUUGGUCGGCGAUUUUGUGCAUUUAUCCCAUGAUGAAAUAAUCCCAGCUGAUAUUUUAUUAUUAAGAAGCAGUGAUUUGAAUGGAGUUUGCUAUGUGGAAACGUCGAAUUUGGACGGAGAAUCGAAUUUGAAACAACGACAAGCGAUUCGAGCAAUGGGAAAAUAUCAUAAUAUUAAUGUACCGUUGGAAUAUUCACCCAGUGAAUUCAAUUAUAAGGUUCGUGAGCAUUUUUGGAGCAUUUUGAGCCGAAAUUCGAGAAAUUUCGAGUUUUUUCACCCAAAAACCAUGAUUUUUGAGCAAAAACUACGAUGCUCCGCGUUUACACCUUGAAAAUUCAAGGUUUCAGACCCUAAAAAUCAUGAUUUUUAUCAUUUUAAGCGAAAACUACGAUGCUCCGCGUUUACACCUUGAAAAUUCAAGGUUUUUGACCCAAAAAUGAUGAUUUUUGAUCAUUUUAUGUAAACGCGGAAAAAAAACUACAAUGCUCCGCGUUUACACCUUGAAAAUUCGAGUUUUUUGACCCAAAAAUCAUGAUUUUUUAUCAUUUUAAGCGAAAAACUACGAUACUCCGCGUUUACACUUUGAAAAAUUGAGUUUUUUGACCCAGAAACCAUAAUUUUUGACCCAUUUUUACCCUGGUGUAAACGCGGAGCAUCGUUUCAGCGGAAAAUUACGAUGCUCCGCCUUUACACCACGAAAAUUCGAGUUUUUUGACCCAAAAACCAUGAUUUUUGAUGAUUAUAAGCAAAAACUACGAUACUCCGCGUUUACACCUCGGAAAAUGAUGGAAAUUCGAAAAAUUUACAUGAUUUUGAUCAUUUUUACCCUGGUGUAAACGCGGAGCAUCGUUUGAGCGAAAAACUACGAUGCUCCGCGUUUACACCUUGAAAAAUGAUGAAAUUUGAGUCUUUUGACCCAAAAACCAUGAUUUUCCAGGUGUAAACGCGGAGUAUCGUUGCAAAAAUGUUGAUUUUUCCAGGUUGUCUGCGAGGAGCCAACAAAUGAUGUGUAUAAAUUUGAAGGAAGGCUGGAAGCGAUGGAAAAUGGUGGGUUUUUGGGCUAAAAAUGGCCUGGUGGGGCCUAAAAUGGCCCAGAAAUGGCCCUAAAAGCCUAAAAAUGACAUAAAAAUGGCCAAAAAAUGGCAUAAAAUGACCAAAAAAUGGCAUAAAAUGGCCCUAAAAGCCUAGAAAUGGCCUGGGGCCUAAAAAUGGCAUAAAAUGGCCCGGAAAUGGCCUAGAAAAGCAUAAAAAUGCUCAGAAAUGGCCUAGAAAAGCCCAGAAAAACCUAAAAAUGGCAUAAAAUGGCCAAAAAAUGGCCCUAAAUGGCCUGAAAAAGCCCAGAAAAGCCUAAAAAUGGCCUAAAAAAGCCCAAAAAUGGCCCGAAAAGCCAAAAAAUGGCCUUGGCAUAAAAAUGGCCCUAAAAGAUGCCCAGAUGGCCUGGGGCCUGAAAAUGCCCAGAAAGGCCUAGAAAUGCCCAGAAAUGGCCCGAAAAGCCAAAAAAUGGCUUGAAGGGGCCUAAAAUUGCCCGGAAAGGCCUAAAAAUGGCCAGAAAAUGCCCAAAAAUGGCCUAGAAAUGGCCUGAAAAUGCCCAGAAAGGCCUAGAAAAGGCCCGAAAUGCCCAGAAAUGGCCCUAAAAGCCUAAAAAUGACAUAAAAUGGCCCAAAAAGCCCAAAAGUUUUUCCAGGCCCCCCACUUCCCCGAGAAUUUACAAUUUUGGCCAAAGAAAAUGUGUUGUUGCGAGGUUGCGUCGUAAAAAACACGGAUUUUGUCGAAGGAAUCGUGUUGUAUGCGGGAAAUGACACAAAAGCGAUGUUGAACAAUAAUGGACCAAGAUAUAAGAGAUCUAGCCUCGAAAAAUUGACAAAUCGUGAUAUUUUGUGGAGUGUUGCGAUUCUAUUGAUUAUGUGUAUAAUUGGAGCGAUUUUUUGUGGAGUAUGGCUGCGGAAUUAUUCGAAUUCACCAUAUGACACACCAUUUUUGGUGUAUGUUUCGAGAAAUUCGACAUAUUACAAUAAUCAUGAUCGCCAAUACCAGUUUGAUCCGAGUUUUGAGAGUUUUUAUGGAUUUUGGAGCUAUAUUAUUGUGUUGCAGGUGAGAUUUUUCUGAAGUUUUGAAUUCAGCGCGAAAUUUGGAGCAUUUUGAUAUAUGGGUUGCCCAGGGGGCUUGAAUUUUAGGCCUGGUUUUGAUGGGCCUGAAAUUUAGGCCCGAAAUCCACGUGGCAAAAACUGGAUUAGAAAAUUUGUUAGGCUCAUUUUAGGCUCGGUUUUUGACAAGCCUGAAUUUUUUAUCCAAAAUUUAGGCCUGGUUUUGACGGGCCUGAAAUUUCAUUAUAUAUUUGUUAGGCCGGUUUUUGGCAAGCCUGAAUUUUUACCAAUAAUUUAGGCCUGGUUUUGACAAGCCUGAAUUUUUUACCUAUAAUUUAGGCCUGGUUUUGAUGGGCCUGAGAUUUAGGGCCGAAAUCCACGUGGCAAAAAUUUAGUUCAAAUUUUGUUAGGCUCAUUUUAGGCCUAGUUUUUGGCAAGCCUGAAUUUUCAAUCUAAAACUUAGGCCUCGUUUUUGACAAGCCUGAAUUUUUUAUCUAAAAUUUAGGCCUGGUUUUGACGGGCCUGAAAUUUCAUUAUAUAUUUGUUAGGCCGGUUUUUGGCAAGCCUGGAAUCUAGGCUUGGUUUUGGCAAGCCUGAAUUUUUAACCCUGAAAUUUAGGCCCUGUUUUUGACAAGCCUGAAAUCUAGGCUCAAAAUCCACGUGGCAAAAAUGAAGUCCAAAUUUUGUUAGGCUCUUUUUAGGCCUGGUUUUGACAAGCCUGAAAUUUCAUUACCUAUAUUUUAGGCCGGUCAUACGUCGCAAGCCUGAAAUUUAGGCCCGAAAUCCACGUGGCAAAAAUUAAGUCUAAAAUUUUCGACGAAAGGGAUAACCCCCCCCUUUUUUUUUCAUUUUUUCUUCAUUUCCAGCUAUAGAAAUCUGAAAAUUACAAUAUUAUUGAGCUUAAGCUCAGAAUUUGCAUCAAUGAGGCAAAUAGUGAAUUUUGAACUUGAGUUAGGCUCGGUAGCAUGCCUUUAUUAGACAAGCCUUAUCAACUAUGCUCCACGAUAAAAUCCAAAGAAUUAAGCCUGGUAUCAAGAUGGGACCACUAUGUCAUUUUGUUACCCUGUGUUAUCAAAGAACACAGGAGUAAAAAGUCACUAGGGGUAUCUAAUGAAUACCAAUGAAUAUUAAACAUGAGUUAGGCUCGGUGAUUUACCUUAAUUAGGUUCUUAUCAACUAUUUCCAAGAAGGGAAAAUGUAUUAAUUUCAAAAACAUUAGUUUGACCCUAAAUCAAACCACAAACUCUGAGAAAAAAAUAUGAUCGUAAUUGUAGAUUGCAUUACUAUUCUGUAGAUCGCUGACUUUUAAUGAUAUUAGAAUAUAGAUCGCGGAUUCGAUAAAGUAAAAAACCUUACAGAUUUGAAAUCGAGAAUUUUUAAUUUUGAGAAAUAUGAAAUUUUUUUCAUCCAAGAGAUUAGUUUUAAAAAGAUCAUAUCAAAUCUAGCUAGUUAAACGAGACACUAAAUAAAUUAAAUUGUGCAACCACAUUGAUCCAUAUUAAUUUUGAAUAACUCUACAUUGUCGCUUAAUCUUAAUUUUUGCAAAUAUUACAGUUACUAACUGUCAGUUGAUAUGUGAAAAAAUGGCAUAAUGGUCCCAUUUUGAUACCAGGCUUAAUUCUUUGGAUUUUAUCGUGGAGCAUAGUUGAUAAGGGUCUAAUAAAGGCAUGCUACCCCUAACUCAAGUCUAAUAUUCAUUGGUAUUCAUUAGAUACCCCUAGUGACUUUUUACCCCUGUGUUCUUUGAUAGCCGAGGUGGCAAAAAUGACAUAGUGGUCCACAUCUUGAUACCAGGCUCAUUUCUUUGGAUUUUAUUGUGGAGCAAGUUGAUAAGGGUCUAAUCUAGGCUCAAAAUCCACGUGGCAAAAAAGAAGUCCAAAUUUAUGUGGGAACUUUUUGAGGCUUUAAUUGGUAUCACUAAGGCAGAAUAUAUAGAUAAAAUUAUCAUCAAAACUGAGAAAAUUUCAUAACAUUUUUUAUCUCAAGUGAUAACCCCUCCAAAAUUUGGUGUCAGGGAUAACCCCUCCACGGGUCGAUUACCCCUGGCAUGCGACGUAUGAGGCCGGUUUUUGGCAAGUCUGAAAUCUAGGCCCGAAACCCACGUGGCAAAAAUGAAGUCCAAAUUUUGUUAGGCUCGUUUUAGGCCUGGUUUUGAUAAGCCUAAAUUUUUUACCUGAAAUUUAGGCCUGGGUUUUGACAAGCCUGAAAUCUAGGCCCAAAAUCCAUGUGGCACCUGAAAAUCUGAAUUUCAGGCUUGAUUUCCACGUGGAAAAAAUUAAGUCCAAAUUUUGUUAGGCUGGUUUUAGGCCCCUAGUUUUUGACGGGCCUGAAUUUUUAACCUAUAAUUUAAGCUUGGUUUUUGACGGGCCCGAAAUCUAGGCUCAAUAUCAACGUGGCAAAAAUUAAGUCCAAAUUUUGUUAGGCUCGUUUUAGGCCUAGUUUUUGACAAGCCUGAAAUUUCGCAUAUUUCGACAUUAAAUUUGACCUAGAUUACUGUAGAUUUUGGCGCCAAAAACUACAGUAAUCUACAGUAACCCUAGUCUUGUUUGGUGUCAAAAAAUCACAAUUUUUUGGUAGAUCAAAAAACUAUCUGAACAGGGCUGGCGAAGCCCGCCACGUGGCUUUUUGGGGGCCAAAACCUACAGUAACCCUAGUCUUGUUUGGUGUCAAAAAAUGCACAAAUUUUUUGUAGAUCAAAACUACAGUACCCCUGAUUUGAUUUUUUUUCCAGGUAAUGAUACCAAUUUCGCUGUACGUCUCCAUAGAAUUCAUAAAAAUCGGCCAAGUCUGGUUCAUGUCACAAGAUCGAAAUAUGUAUUAUGAUAAAGUCGAUAAGCGGCUACAAUGUAGAGCGCUAAAUAUCACUGAAGAAUUGGGACAAAUACAAUAUGUGAUGUCGGAUAAAACUGGAACAUUGACUGAAAAUCAGGUAAGGCUGAAAAUUUGGCUGAAAAUGAGCCAAAAUGGCCAAUUUAGGCCCAAAAAUAGGCCUAGAAAGCCCAUUUUUAGGCCUAGAAAGCCCAUUUUUAGGCCUAAAAAAGCCCUAAAAAUUUCCAGAUGGUCUUCCGACGAUGUUCGGUCAAGGGAAAAGAUUAUGGUGAGAAUAUCAAUCGCCACAGCUCCGUGGCCAUGGAAUUGGUCGCAUCGAAUCUGAAAUCGGAUGAAUUUGCGUCGAAAUCCAAACUUCAAUUAGCUGCGUUGGCACAAGCGGCGGCGAAUACCGGAAGACUGAGGUGAGUUUUUUGAUCUACCUGGAAUUGUGCAUUUUUUGAGACCAAAUAUGACUAGGGUUACUGUAGGUUUUGGCGGGAAAAUUGCGCAUUUUUUGACACCAAACAUGACUAGGCCUGAAUUUAAGGCCUAUCAAAACUGGGCCUGAAUUUAGGGCCCUGCAAAAAUCAGGCCUAAAUUUAAGGCUUCUAGAAAAACCGGGCCUAAAAUCAGGCUUCUGAGAACUAGGCCUAAAUUCAAAGUUUUAUUAAAUUCUGGAUUUUUUGAGACCGAAUAUGACUAGGCCUAAAUUUAAGGCUUAUCCAAACCAGGCCUGAAUUUAGGGCCCUGCAAAAAUCAGGGAUGUUUUCAGGCUUAUGGAAAAACCAGGCCUGAAUUCAAGGCUUCUAGAAAAACCAGGCCUGAAUUUAAGGCUUCUGAAAACGAGCCUAACCUUAAGGCUUCUAGAAAAAUCAGGCCUUAAUUUAAGGCUUACUGACAACCAAGCCUAACUUUUAGGCUUCUAGAAAAAUCAGGCCUAAAUUUAAGGCUUUUAGAAAAAUCAGGCCUCAAUUUAGGGCUUUUAGCCUUUCUGACUAGAUUUGAAAAAUAUCAGGCCUAGCUAAAAUUAAGCCUGAAACUUGAGGCCCACCAAAAUCAGGCUUCUGAAAACCAAGGCUUAUUUUUAGGCUUUCUAAAAACCGGGCCUAACUUUAAGGCUUCUGAAAAUCAAGGCUAGAUUUGGCCUAGCUAGAAGUUCAGGCCAAAAAUUUAAGGCCUAGCUGAAAUUCAGGCCUGAAAUUCAAGGAUAGCUAAAUUUAAGGCUUCUCAAAACCAAGGCUAACCUUUAGGGCUUCUAAAAACCGGGCCUUAAUUUAAGGCUUCUGAAGACGAUCCUGAAAUAAGGGCCCUGCAAAAAUCAGGCAUGUUUUCAGGCUUCUAGAAAAAUCAGGCCUAAUUUAAGGCUCACCAACACUCGGCCUAACUUUAAGGCUUCUUAAAACUAGGCCCUGAAAUUUGAGGCCCACCAAAACUGGGCCUAAAAUCCCCAAAUCAUAUUUAGUGUCAAAAAUUAGGCCUUUUCCAGACCAAGUCGCGACACAAAUCUCGAAACCCAACUCGCCGAAUCGGAAAAAUCAAUAGAUGAUCCGAUUUUCGCCUUUUUCCUAGUUAUGUCAAUUUGUAAUACAGUAGUUGUAAAUGCAAAACCCCAUGAGGAUUUGAUGGAUGAAGAAGGAGCAAUUACGAAUAGUAGAUUUGGAAUUGAGCAAGAUCAGGAGCCGACUGAAUCGACUGAAUCUACUGAACCACUCGAGAAUGUUCUAGAAGAGGAAGAUCUGAUUAAUUUGGAUUCGGCUGAAAAUUCAGCAGAUACCCGAAGUUCUCCCAAAAAUUCGGAAGAAUUUGAGGAAAUUGAGCUGGCUGAUAUUUCCCCCGAAAGCAAAAAUGGCAAUAAUUAUAAUGGGGAAAAGGAGACGAGAAAAGGAUUGGCUUCGAUUUUGACACAAAGGCAUUCCUCAAUUCUCAGCAAUCCGUUUUCGAAACUCAAAGGAUUGAAAUCGCCGUUUAGAAGGUGAGAUCAGCAAUUUUUUGACACCAAAUAUGACUAGGGUUACUGUAGGUUUUGGCGGGAAAUUCUGCAUUUUUUGAGACCAAAUAUGACUAGGGUUACUGUAGGUUUUGGCGGGAAAAUUGGGGAUUUUUUGACACCAAACAUGACUAGGGUUACUGUAGAUUUUGGCCCCCAAAAAGCCACGUGGCGGGCUUCGCCAGCCCUGUUUAGAUAGUUUUUUGAUCUACCAGAAAUUGUGCAUUUUUUGACAUCAAAUAUGACUAGGGUUACUGUAGAUUUUGGCGGGAAAUUCUGCAUUUUUUGAGACCAAACAUGACUAGGGUUACUGUAGGUUUUGGCGGGAAAUUUGGGGAUUUUUGACACCAAACAUGACUGGGGUUACUGUAGAUUUCGGCCCCCCAAAAAAGCCACGUGGCGGGCUUCGCCAGCCCUGUUUAGAUAGUUUUUUGAUCUACCAGAAAUUGUGCAUUUUUUGACACUAAACAAGCCCAGGGUUACUGUAGAUUUUGGCGGGAAAUUGUGCAUUUUUUGACACCAAAUAUGACUAGGGUUACUGUAGAUUUUUGAGGUACUGUAGGGUCCAAAGUACUGUAGAAUUUUGAAUUUGAAAAAUUUUGAAUCUAAAUACGCCUAGGGUUACUGUAGAUUUUGGCGGGAAAAUCGGAAACAUUUAGAGCCUUGGAUUACUGUAGAAAAUUUUGACACGGGGUACUGUAGAUGGCGAAGCCCGCGCGGGGGCCAAAAUCUACAGUAACCUGGACCGGGCGGUUACUGUAGAUUUUUUAAUAGCAAUCCCAUUUUCCCGCCAAAACCUACAGUAACCCACGAAAUAAUCCUGGAUUUGAUCUACCUGAAAUUGCGCAUUUUUUGGCAUCCCAAGGGUUACUGUAGGUUUUGCCGCCAGAAUCUACAGUAACCCGAACAUUUUCAUCUCAAAAAAAUCCGGGAAAAAAUAGGUUUCAAAAUUUUUUUGAAAAUCGCUGGUUUUUUCGAAUUGGGUCCAAAAAAAUGAAGGUUACUGUAGAUUUUGGCUGGAAAUUGUGCAAUUUUUCACACUAAAUUUGACCUAGGUUACUGUAGAUUUUGGCGCCAAAAUCCUACAGUAACCCUAGUCAUGUUGGGUGUCAAAAAAUGCGGAAUUUUUGGUAGAUCAAAACUACAGUACCCCGAUUUCAAAUUUUUUGUUGCAGAUCAGUAGAUAAACGUGCCAGCCAAUCAGAUGUCUCACAACCGCCACCGCUUCACUCUUUUUAUGAUUCUGAAUCCCCGGAUGAAUUGGCGUUGGUUGAAGCAGCCAGGGAGUACGGUAUUCGAUUGCUAAAGCGAAGAUUUGAUGAUGUUGUGGUGUAUUUGAGACAUUCGCAGAAGAGUUUGAAGUUUAAGGUGAGACAUUGCUGAAAAUUGUGAAUUUUUGGAUUAUUUUGAGCUAAAAUUCGUGAAAAUUGAGGUUUUUUGGAUGAUUUUGAGCUAAAAUUCAUGAAAAUUGAGGGUUUUUGGAUAAUUUUGACCUAAAAUUCAUGAAAAUUGAGGUUUUUUGGUCCAAAAAUUGAUGAGAUUGCUCAUAUUAAACUUGUAUUCAUCAAAUUUUCACAUCUAGACUACCUAUUGCUCAUAUUUGAAGUUUAAGAUGAGACAUUGCUCAUAUUAGGCUGCAAAAUUGAGGUUUUUCGAUGAUUUUAACCUGAAAUUCAUGAAAAUUGAGGUUUUUUGGUCCAAAAAUUGAUAAUAUUGCUCAUAUUAAACUUUUAUUUAUCAAAUUUUCAUAUCUAGGCUACCUAUUGCUCAUAUUUGAAGUUUAAAAUGAGGCAUUGCUCAUGUUAGACCUAAAAAUUGAGAAUUUUGGAUGAUUUUAACCUGAAAUUUAUGAAAAUUGAGCUCAUAUUAGGCUACAGUAAUCUUUUUGGAUUUUCUUAAAGGAGCAUUCAUAAGCUACCUAUUGCUCAUAUUAAACUACAAAAAAAAAUACAACCAUUGCUCAUAUUAGGCUGCCUAUUGCUCAUGUUAAACCACAAAAAUUACAACCAUUGCUCAUAUUAAUCUCAGGUUCUUCACACUCUUCCCUUCGACGCCGAUCGCAAAAGAAUGUCUGUAAUAAUCCGUGAAAAUUCCGGCAAAAAACGCGUAAUCCUGCUGACAAAAGGCGCUGACGCUGCAAUUUUGCCAUGCCUAUCCGCCGAUUUUUUGACAAGUCCCGAAGGCGAAGAAUGUGUGCUGAAAUCGCAAGAACAUUUGACAGAAUACGCAAAACAGGGAUUGAGAACACUGUGUUUGUCGAUGAGGAUUUGGACAGAAGAUGAGUAUCAGGAGUGGCGAGAGAAACAUGAAGAAGCUGAGCUCGAGACGACGAAAAUGAGAGAGGAUGCGAUUUUGGAGAGUGUGUUGAGAGCGGAGAGCGAUUUGGAAUUGUUGGGUGGGUUUUGGCGCGUUUUUUGAUACCCAACAUGACUGGGGUUACUGUAGGUUUGAUCUACCAGAAAUUGUGCAUUUUUUGAUACCAAACAAGCCAUGGGUUGUAGGUUUUGGCCCCCCAAAAAAGCCACGUGGCGGGCUUCGCCAGCCCUGUUCAGAUAGUUUUUUUGAUCUACCUGGAAUUGUGCAUUUUUUGAGACCAAAUAUGACUAGGGUUACUGUAGGUUUUGGCCCCAGAAUCUACAGUAACCCGAAAAUUUUCAUCUCAAAAAAAAAUACGGGAAAAAAUAGGUUUCAAAAAUUUUUUAUAAUUUUUUCGAAAAUUUUUGAAAAUCACUUGUUUCUUGGAUUGGGUCCAAAAAAUGAAGGUUACUGUAGAUUUUAAAGGUACAGUAACCUGGGAAUUUUCGGCACGAAAUAAUCCUGGAUUUGAUCUACCUAGAAUUCUGGAUUUUUUGACACCAAACAUGACUGGGGUUACUGUAGGUUUUGGCGGGAAAAUGGAAUGUUUUUGAUCUACCAGAAAAUUGCUAUUUUUUGAGACCAAAAUCUACAGUAACCCCAGGUUACGGUAGAUUUUGGUCACGCAAAAAGCCACGUGGCGGGCUUCGCCAGCCCUGUUCAGACAGUUUUUUCGGCCCCCAAAAUCUACAGUACCCCAAAAUGAUCUACAGUAAUCCUAGGCUUGUAUGGUGUUGAAAAUUUUUUUUUCGAUUUUCCCGCCAAAACUUACAGUAACCCUAACCCUACCCUAGGCGUAUUUGGAUUCAAAAAAAUCCCGAAUUUUUAGUUCUACAGUAAUUUGAACCCUACAGUACCUCAACAAUCUACAGUAACCCUAGGCUUAUCUAGAUUCAAAAUUCCCAAAAUUUCAAAUUUUUCAAUUUUCCCGCCAAAACUUACAGUAACCCUAAUCCUACCCUAGGCGUAUUUAGAUUCAAAAAUUCCGAAUUCAAAAUUCUACAGUAUUUUGCACCCUACAGUAACCCUAGGCGUAUUUAGAUUCAAAAUUUCCAGAAUUUUUAAUUCUACAGUACUCUGGACCCUACAGUACCCCCCACAUGUUUUCCAGGUGUUACCGCAAUCGAAGAUCGACUUCAAGACGGAGUUCCCGAAUGUAUAAAUUCACUUCGAGAAGCUGGAAUUCGAGUGUGGGUUCUGACUGGUGAUAAAAUCGAAACCGCUGUAAAUAUCGCAUAUUCUUCGAAAUUAUUCUCACCAAAUAUGGAUUUGUUAAAUAUUGGAGCGAAUGGAAUUGCACCAAUUGGUGAUUUGUUAAAUGAACAUUUGGAAAGAAUUGGAAGAAUUCGAGAAAUUGAAGAUGAAGCGGUGGAAAAUCAUUUUGGACUGGUUUUGAAUGGAGCUACAAUGGGUUAUUGUAUUGAUCCGCAUAAUUUGGAGAGAUUUGUGCAGUUGUUGAAGAGGUGAGCAUUUUUUUUGAGUUCAAAAUUCAGAAAUCUAGAAAAUGCGGAAAUUUGAGCUCAAAAUUCAGAAUUUUCUAGAUUUCUGGAGCAUUUUGAACCCAAACUCGAGAAUUUUUGGGUUCAAAAUGCUCUAGAUUUUGAAAAUUGAGCUGAAAAUUCAAGAAACCCCGGAUUUUUCGAACAUUUUGAGCCCAAAAAUGCUCAGAAUCUGAUUUUUGGGCUUUAGAAGCUGCUAGGCCUAAAAUUAUCCGAAAAAAUCGGAUUUGGGCUCAAAAUGCUCGGAAAAUUUUAAAAAUGCAGAUUUUUGGGCUCUGGAACCUUUUGGGCCUAAAAAUCUUCAUUCUAGGCCUAAAAUUAUCCAAAAAUAACCGAAUUUGAGCUCAAAAUGCUCAUUUUUGAGUUCUGGAAGUUUCUGGGCCUAAAAUAGUCUGAAAAUAAUCGAAUUUGGGCUCAAAAUGCUCAUUUUUGAGCUCUGGAACCUUCUGCGCCUAAAAUAGUCUUAAAAUAAUCGGAUUUGAGCUCAAAUUGCUCGGCGAAUCUUAAAAAUUCAGAUUUUUGAGCUCUAGAACUUUCUGGAUCUAAAAAUAUUGAUUCUAGGCCUAAAAUCACCCAAAAAUAAUCAAAUUCGGGCUCAAAAUGCUCAUUUUUCAGCUCUAGAACCUUAUAGGCCUAAAAUUAUCUAAAAUUAAUCGAAUUUGGGCUCAAAAUGAUCAGGGAAUCUAGAAAAUUCAGAUUUUUUGGGCUCUGGAAUUUUCUGGACCUAAAAAUCUUGAUUCUAAGCCUAAAAUUAUCCAAAAAUAAUCGAAGUUGGGCUCAAAAUGCACAUUUUUGAGCUCUAGAAGCUUCUGGGCCUGAAAUUAUCCAAAAAUAAUCGAAUUUGGGCUCAAAAUGCUUAAAAAUUCAGAUUUUUGGGCUCAAAAUGCAGAUUUUUGAGCUCUAGAAGGCUCUAAAUGCUCCGAAUCAGAUUUUUGAGCUCUAGUAUCUUCUCGGCCUGAAAUUAUCCAAUAAUAAUCAAAUUUGGGCUCAAAAUGCUCAGAAAAUCAGAGGAAAUCUCAAUUUCAAGCUAGAUAAACCUAAAAAUUCGUUCCAGUUGCCGCUCAGUCCUUUGCUGCCGUGCAACCCCUCUCCAAAAAGCCCAACUCGUCCAUCUCGCCAAAAAUCAAUUGCACGGAAAAGUGCUAGCAAUAGGAGACGGUGCAAAUGAUGUGAGUAUGAUUCAAGGUGCUGAUGUUGGUGUGGGAUUAUCUGGGCAAGAAGGAAUGCAGGCUGUGAUGUCAAGUGAUUUUGCAAUGGCUAGAUUUAGAUUCCUCACAAAUCUAUUAUUGAUUCACGGACACUGGAACUAUUAUCGAUUGUCACAAACUAUACUCUAUUUCUUCUAUAAAAAUGCAAUGUUGGUAUUUGUUGUGUUCUGGUAUCAAAUAUUCAAUGGAUUUUCCGCUCAAGUCCCCAUUGAUCCGGUUUAUUUGAUGAUUUAUAAUCUGGUUUUCACAUCAGUUCCACCACUUCUUUUCGGAUGUUUGGAUCAGGAUUCAUCCGGUGACAUCCUCCUUAAGAAUCCCGAAUUAUACAGGGAGAUCGGGCAGUAUAGUUGGUGGAGUUUUUGGGUGAAUAUGGUGGAUGCGGUGUGGCAGAGUUUGGCGGUGUUUUGGGUGACGUAUGCGGUGAGUUUGGGGCCUGGAAACCUUGGAAAUUCUGAAGUUUUAGCUCAAAUUUGAGAAUUUUCAAGGUUUUUGGAGCAUUUUGGGCUCAAAUUCGGGGAUUUUUGGGGUAGUUCCUGAAAGGGUCCCCUGAAUGGGGCCUUCCUCCUCCAAAAAGGGUCCCCUGAAUGGGUCCUAGUGUUUGUCAUUUCACCUGAAUGGGACCGCGCGUAGCACAUGUCAAAAAAUGGCGAAAAAAGGGUUUUUGUCACUUUCCUGAAUGGGUCCUCUAAAAAAUGGGGCCCAAAAUGCAUUUGGCGUUUUCCUGAAUGGGACCAACCUCUUGUUUUGUCACUUUCCUGAAUGGGACCUCAAAAAAAGGGGCCAGUUGUAGUUUUGUCAUUUUCCUGAAUGGGUCUUGUAAAUUUUUAUUUUGUUGAUUUCGUUUCGGAUCGCCCAUAGCCAUUUUUCAACUCGAAAAAUGAGUUAUAAUUUUUUUAUCUACUCUGAUCUUUCCAGUCAGAAUAUCGGAAAUAAAAUUUCAAAUAAUUCCCUCCAAAUUUUUUUUGAAACGAUUAUUUUCGAAGUUAUUUUGAAACGACGAAAAAGAACAACCAUUGUGUAAUUAUUGAAAGAAGCCUCGGAAUCGGUUAGGAUACAUGUAAUGCAUUUUUCUUAUUGUUUCCGAGAUUUCUUUGAAAACUUUCACUAGAAUACUCACGACAAGCCUCACUGCAAUUCAAAAUUUCAUAUAUCUUUCUAACCUACAUUUUAUCAACAAAGACACGAAUUUCAUCAACUAAGUCGUAAUUUCUUACAAAAUUAGAGUUUUUGAUUGCAAAAUUUAAACAAAAUUCAAAGUUAUACAAAAAUGUCAUCUCUAUUUUCACACCUGUCAAAAAUUUUCGCACUUUGGCCCUAAAAAAGAAUGCGUCCAAGAAGAAAAUAGUGCGUAUUUUUGGAGAACGAGAUCACGUUUUUUGGGAAGUUUCCCUUCCGUUGUUCACUGAGAUUGCGCAUUAAAAUGUCAUAAGCCAAUAAUUAGGGAAAGUUUGAAAAUUAGUUUUUUUUUUCAAAAAUAUGGCUCUUUAGCAGGUCCAUUUUCAAGCCAACUUUAUUUUUGAAAAUGAGGUGAAAUUGAGUUUCUACUGACUAAUGAUUCUCAAAAAAACUUGCAAAUAGUAGGAGUGUUUCACAAUCGACUGUUCGAAAUAGAAUAUCUCAUAUCAGAUUUUUCGAAAAUUGUGUCGAAAUAAUUAUUUUCAAUGUAUCAAUUUCAGAAAAAAAUCCAAAUUGUUCUUUUUCGUCGUCUCAAAAUAACUUCGAAAAUAAUCGUUUCAAAAAAAUUUGGAGGGAAUUAUUUGAAAUUUUAUUUCCGAUAUUCUGACUGGAAAGAUCAGAGUAGAUAAAAAAUUAUAACUCAUUUUUCGAGUUGAAAAAUGGCUAUGGGCGAUCCGAAACGAAAUCAACAAAAUAAAAAUUUACAAGACCCAUUCAGGAAAAUGACAAAACUACAACUGGCCCCUUUUUUUGAGGUCCCAUUCAGGAAAGUGACAAAACAAGAGGUUGGUCCCAUUCAGGAAAACGCCAAAUGCAUUUUGGGCCCCAUUUUUUAGAGGACCCAUUCAGGAAAGUGACAAAAACCCUUUUUUCGCCAUUUUUUGACAUGUGCUACGCGCGGUCCCAUUCAGGUGAAAUGACAAACACUAGGACCCAUUCAGGGGACCCUUUUUUGGAGGAGGAAGGCCCCAUUCAGGGGACCCUUUCAGAGACUGCCAUUUUUGGGCGGAAAAUGCUCCAGAAAUCUAGAAAAUUAUGAAAUUUGAGCUCAAAAUUCAGAAUUUUCAAGAUUUUUGGAGCAUUUUGAGCCCAAACUCGAGCAUUUUUGAGGUUUCCUGAGCAUUUUGAGCUCAAAAACCUUUUGAAAAUCGAGCCUGAAAUUGAGAGCCUUCAAAAGUUAAGGCCUGAUUUCAGGCUCAUCAUUUAGGCUUAUCAAAACUGGGCCUCAAUUUCGGGCUUCGCAAAAAUUUUGGAAAAAAAAUCCCGGGAAAAAUAGGUUUCAAAAAAUUUUGAUAAAUUUUUCAAGAAUUUUUGAAAAUUGCUAGAAGUUUGUAUUGAUUUUAGUCAAAUUUGGUACCAAAAUCUAGAAAAUGCUCCAAAAAUCUUGAAAAUUUUGAAAUUUGAGCUCUGAAUUUAGAAUUUUCAAGAUUUUUGGAGCAUUUUGAGCCCAAACUCGAGCAUUUUUGGGCUCAAAAUGCUCUGGAAAUUCAGAAAAAUCUGAAAAAAGAGCUUAAAAUCCAGGUUUUGAGCCCAGAAAUGCUCUGGAAAUUCUGAAAAUUCUGAAAUUUGAGCUCUGAAUUCAGAAUUUUUAAGAUUUUUGGAGCAUUUUCAGCCUAAAAAUGCUCGAGUUUGAGCUCAAAAUGCUCCAAAAUGAUCCAGAAACCCCAAAUUUUCACCCAAAAAUCCCCAAAUUUUUGCAGACUUAUCACAACUCGACUUCUGAUAUGUGGACAUUUGGUCAUUUAUUAGUUUGUCAAUUAAUGUUUGUCAACACAUUUCACCUCGGAUUAUUAAUACAAUAUUGGACAUUGCCAAUGUUUUUCUCAAUGUUUCUCUCAAUUUUGGCAUUUUUGGCAAUUUGCCUACUUUACAACGGAUUUGUGACACCAAAUUGGACGUGGACAGGUGCAAAAGAUGUGCCAUCAAUGAUUGCACUGACGUCUUUUUCGCAGUUUGAUUUUUGGUUGGCGCUAAUUGUGACGAUUGUGAUUUGUUUGGCACCGAGAAUGAUUGUGCUGGUGGUGAAGAAUACGAUUUGGCCGAAUCGGAUUAUGAGCAAAAGGAUUCGGGGAGAUCGAGAGGAGGAAUUGAAGAAGAAAAAGGAGAAGGGUGAGCUGUUUUGGAGCAUUUUGAGCCCAAGAAUCGUUGUUUUUGGAGCAUUUUGAGCCUAGCAUCAUGAUUUUUGAAAUUUGGAGCAUUUUGAGCUCAAGAAUCGUUAUUUUUGGAGCAUUUUGAGCCUAGCAUCAUGAUUUUUGAAAUUUGGAGCAUUUUGAGCACAAGAAUCGGUAUUUUUGGAGCAUUUUGAGCCUAGCAUCAUGAUUUUUGAAAUUUGGAGCAUUUUGAGCCCAAGAAUCGGUAUUUUUGGAGCAUUUUGAGCCCAAAAAUCGUUAUUUUUGGAGCAUUUUGAGCCUGGAACAUCGAUUUUUGAAAUUUGGAGCAUUUUGAGCCCAAGAAUCGUUAUUUUUGGAGCAUUUUGAGCCCAAAAAUCGUUAUUUUUGGAGCAUUUUGAGCCCAAAAAUCGUUAUUUUUGGAGCAUUUUGAGCAUAGCAUCAUGAUUUUUGAAGUUUUGAUGAGUUUUGGAGCAUUUUGAGCCCAAGAAUCGUUAUUUUUGGAGCAUUUUGAGCCUAGCAUCAUGAUUUUUGAAAUUUGGAGCAUUUUGAGCCCAAGAAUCGUUAUUUUUGGAGCAUUUUGAGCCCAAAAAUCGUUAUUUUUGGAGCAUUUUGAGCCCAAGAAUCGUUAUUUUUGGAGCAUUUUGAGCCCAAAAAUCGUUAUUUUUGGAGCAUUUUGAGCAUAGCAUCAUGAUUUUUGAAGUUUUGAUGAGUUUUGGAGCAUUUUGAGCCCAAGAAUCGUUAUUUUUGGAGCAUUUUGAGCGUAGCAUCAUGAUUUUUGAAAUUUGGAGCAUUUUGAGCCCAAGAAUCGUUAUUUUUGGAGCAUUUUGAGCCCAAAAAUCGUUAUUUUUGGAGCAUUUUGAGCCCAAGAAUCGUUAUUUUUGGAGCAUUUUGAGCCCAAAAAUCGUUAUUUUUGGAGCAUUUUGAGCAUAGCAUCAUGAUUUUUGAAGUUUUGAUGAGUUUUGGAGCAUUUUGAGCCCAAGAAUCGUUAUUUUUGGAGCAUUUUGAGCCCAAAAAGCAGUAUUUUUGGAGCAUUUUGAGCGUAGCAUCAUGAUUUUUGAAAUUUGGAGCAUUUUGAGCCCAAAAAUCAUUAUUUUUGGAGCAUUUUGAGCCCAGAAGGUUUUGGAGCUCAAAAAUCAGGAUUUUCGAGAUUUCCUGAGCAUUUUGAGCCCAAAAAUCAUUAUUUUUAGACUAUUUUAGGCCCAGAAGGUUUUGGAGCUCAAAAAUCAGGCUUAUCUAGAUUCCCCGAGCAUUUAGAGCCCAAAAAUCGUUAUUUUUAGACUAUUUUAGGCCUAGAAGGUUUUGGAGCUUUUCUGGAGCAUUUCUGGGCUCAAAAUACUCCAGAAAUCUUGAAAAUUCUGAAUUCAGAGCCCAAAAAUCAGGAUUUUCGAGAUUUUCUGAGCAUUUUGAGCCUAAACAUGAGCAUUUUUGGUGCCAAAAUUCCAAAAAUUCGAAAAAUUCAAAAAAAUUUUCUUGCAGAUUUCACAAAUUGCCUGGUUCAAUGUUUUUCUGCUCCAUUCCGAUGUGUUCGUUUCAUUUUUUCGUCAAAAACACGAAAAAAUCAAAAUAUUCAUGUGCAAUAA